AUUUUUGCUGUCAUUCUUCAAAAAUCGGUUUGUUUACGUUCACUUGCAAGCCGCGAAAUGGGAAAAAGUGAGAAAAAAUCAAAGAAAAAGCACAAGGAGAAGCGCAGGGAACACAAGGAAAAGCACAAGUCCAAGAAAUCCAAGAAACACAGCCGAAAAAAGGAAGAAUCUCCGCCGAUAGCUUCACCAUCACCAAUACAGCCUGAAAGGGUCAACCAGGAGGAGGAGGAUGACUUUGCCAUACCAAUAGCACUGAUGAAUAGCAAAUCACAUGCCCCGGAAACUCCAGAGGAAUACCAGCGCCGUCAGAGCCAGAUCCGCAAAGAGGUGGACCCGGUGACGGGCCGCGUCCGGCUCAUCAAAGGCGACAGUGAGGUGCUGGAAGAGAUUGUGACCAAAGAGCGCCACCUGGAGAUCAACAAGAAGGCCACCCGCGGUGAUGGAGAGUUCUACGAAACCAGAUCUCUGAACGCCGCCAAGCGUCGCAAAUAGCUAAUUACCAAAAAUGCAAAAAUAUCUUAAGCUAUUUCAUGACUUGUAGUAAUAAUUAAUAACUGUCAGUUUAAUUAAACAAAGGGCUAGCUAGCGACUAUAUGUACACGCGAAA